AUGUUAGUUUAUCUAGUUUUUGUCCAUAUUAUGUGCUAUUCUAAAGUACUCUUCUUUAUUGGGUUUUAUUGUAUACUUUCUAACUCAAUAACUUGUACGAUUAAAACUGGUUUAAAUGAAGGAGAAUAUUCAUUUAAUCAACCAGAAAUAUGGACAACAAUGGAAUUAACCAAUGGUUGUCCUUGUAAUACUAACCCAACAUUUGGGUCAGAAUGUAUUAUUGUUAUAAGUAAUAUAUCUCAACCGAUUAUUUUAAAUGAAUUAUCAGGUCAAAUAGGAAUUCUUAAAAUAUCAAAUAAUACGAACACAACAUUAAUAUAUACACAUACAGAUAUAUAUAAUAUGGUAGUUGGCAACAUUACUUUAUUACCUACAAAUGGUUCAUCAUCUCUUUAUAUUUCAAAUUUAGUUGCAAAAGAAAAAACAAACCAACUUAUAGUAGAAGGGAAUUAUUUUAUUUAUUCAUUAGAAACAAGUCCUAAAACAGAAAAUAAUAUCAUUAGAUUAGACUCUGGGUGUAUUCAUGACAUUAGUAUUUAUAAUUCAUUAAUUGAAAUUAGAAAAGGUCCUCUCUAUGUAUCACAUGACCUUACAAAUAAACUGAUUGAAGAGGAAGAAAGAAAAGAAGAAUUACCAUCACGAAUAGAAAAUAGUACAAUAUUCCUUCAUUCAAAUCAAAUUAUUUGUAAAUCAAGUAAUGUUAUUGAUUUAGAAUUAAAUAAUGUGAAAUUAGAAUUUGAAUUAAAUUCUAAUCCUAAAAUUUUAUCUACUCAUUCAGUUGAAAUACUUAAUCAAUUAUCACUUCAAGCAAAUUAUAAUGGAAAUAUUUGUGUAGACAAAGUUAUUCCAAUUGCAAUAUCAAGUGUUGGAUCAAUUUUAUUUGAUAGAAAUGAAGUAAGUUUACAUAUGAGAAGUGAGACAUAUAAUAGAUUACAAUCGUCACUUAAUACAAUUGAAAUUUGGUUAUAUUCAACAGAUUGUCCAACUAACCUACUCGAUCCAAGAACGGUAAGUAUUAUUUUUACAUGCUUAUUAGUCAUUUCAUUUGUUGUUGCACUAUUAUUAAUUAUAACUUAUUUCACUUUUGUUGUAAUAUCAGGUAAAGUAGGAAAAAAAUAUAUUGAAUUAUUAACAAUUGAAGCACUUGGAGAACAAGAAGAUACAUCAUCUUCUGAAAUGUAA